CACCGACAUCCACGCCGACGUGCGCCUGCCUAUUUUUGUCUAUCUUUCUAUCGCCUCUUACUCAUCUCAGUCCGUUGUCGCCCGCUGGAAUCAAGCGCCCUUCCCCCGACUUGGAAGAACCUCUAUAUCGACAGUCGCGCCGAUCCAUGGACCAUUGAUUUCGGCGCAUUUACUAUUUCAUCCUCGCAACCACCUCUAGCCAUGGCUGUCACGCAGAACGGCUACGCAAACGGCCUUGAUGGCCACGACGACGAUGCUUCCACUGCUCUUGCCAGAUUCUCGCACAUCCCCGCCGCGCUCGAUGUACCUCUUUCAAGUGGAGAUGCCGAAGAGGCAGUCGAGGUCAAUCUCGAGGACUUGAUGGACGAUCCUACCGAGCUGUGUACUCUGCUUGAGAACGAGAAUGUCGCACGAGGUUACUGGAUGACCAUCGCUUUGGCCUACGCCAAGCAGCAAAAGAUCGACCACGCCAUCGACAUUGUCUCAAGGGGCCUCAGUUCUCUGUCGCGCAACGCAAAGCCCGAGGACAAGCUGUCGCUGUUGUCAUGUUUGUGUUGGUUGCGCUUGCAGCAGUGUAGAGAAGCUCCUCGCCUGAAGCCCGACUCCCAACUCGCCUCGGAAGCGCGCAACAAGGACUUCUACAUUCAACAGGCUACCGCCACUCUCAACGAGGCUUCGCGCAUCAGUCCCACAUACCCUCCUCUCUUCCUCGCCCGCGGUGUCCUCUACCUCCUGCGUGCCUCUCUACAACCUUCCAAAUCUUCAUCAUCCGCUCAAGAAUCAGAACGCCUUGAUACCCUCCGCCAGGCUGCAAAAUGCUUCGAAGACUCUCUGCGCGUCUCGCAAGGCCGCAACAUGAUGGCUAUCAUGGGCAAGGCCAGAGCUCUUUACUCCCUUGGCAAAUACCCCGAUGCUCUUCACAACUACCAGGCCGCUCUUGAGCGUGCCCCACAUCUUCAAGAUCCGGAUCCGAGAAUAGGAAUAGGCUGUUGUUUCUGGCAGCUUGGCCACAAGGAUGAAGCCCACAACGCAUGGCAACGUGCACUGGAUGUUAACCCUGAGUCAAAGAUCGCGAACAUCCUUCUCGGCCUGUACCAUCUCGACCAGAGCGCAAGGUUCCAGACCACUGAGCCCGAGUUCCAACAACACUACAAGAAGGCCAUGACCGAGUACACUCAGACCGCAUGGAAACUUGACAACAAGUUUCCCUUGACAUGCGCCACCUUCGGAAACUACUUUAUCCUCAGAAAGGCCUGGCCCACUGUCGAGCGUCUUGCUCGACAAGCUAUUGAAGCUACAGACGUCAACGCCAUCGCCAGUGAUGGAUGGUAUCUUAUGGCUCGCAAGGAGCACACCGAAGGAAAUGUCGCGAAGGCCACGGACUACUACAACAGAGCCGAUCAAGCCAGAGGUGGAGAUGAGAAGGGCUACUUGCCCGCCAAGUUUGGUGCUGCUCAACUCAAGAUUCUGUCAAAGGAUUGGGCCGGCGCAAAGUUCCGUCUCGAGAACAUUGUUCAGUCUAGCAAGAGUGCUGAAGCCAUGACUUUGCUUGGUCUGCUUUAUGCUGAGGAAGUCUAUUCCAACCAAAACGCUGGUGCCAAAGAGGACAAAUCAGCGGAGAUGAAGAAAGCCAUUGCUCUUCUUGAGGGUGUUCGCAACAGCUGGAAGGACCCAAAGAAAAAGACAACUCCCGACUCAUACGUUCUUCUCAACCUUGCCAGACUCUACGAGAUUGAGAACCCCGAGAGAAGUCUGCAAUGCCUUCAGCAGGUCGAGCAGAUGGAGAUGGAUGACAUAGAUGAGGAUGAUCGUCCUGACAUCAAGGACGAAGCCGAGUUGAAGGUUGCUCUCCGUGAGAUGGUCCCGCCACAGCUCUUAAACAACAUGGCUGCUUUCCACUUCCAAGCCGAACGUUUCAGUCAAGCCAGAGACUUGUUCCAGACUGCUCUCAAUGCUUGUGUCAAGGCUGGUGCAAAGGACAGUGAACUCGACACCGACUCUCUUGUGACCUCGAUCAGUUACAACUUGGCCAGAACUUACGAGGCUGAGAACAUGCUUGACGAGGCUAACCAAGUCUAUCAAGGCCUGCUUGAGCGUCACCCCGACUAUACCGAUGCAAGGAUCAGACUUGCAUACAUUGCGCUCCGCGAGAACCCCUCAGAAGGUGCUCAAGCGGUUAAGAAGUUGCUCGAGUCGGAACCAGGAAAUCUCGACAUUCGCGCGCUCUACGGUCAUUACAUUCACAAGGCAAAGAAGCGAACAAUGAACCCUGCUGAGGAUCAAGAGCAGAGGCAUUACAAGCACACUCUUCAACAUCAUGACAAGCACGACAGAUACUCACUGACCGGUAUGGGCAACCUCUUCCUGCAAGUUGCACGAGAGAUGCGCAGAGAUACCGAUCAAGACAAAGAGAAGCGCACAAAGACUUAUGUCAGAGCCAUCGAGUUCUUUGACAAGGCUUUGCAGCUCGACCCUCGCAACGCCUAUGCUGCUCAGGGUAUUGCUAUUGCUCUGAUCGAAGACAAGAAAGACUAUGGAACAGCGAUCCAAGUCUUCAGCAAAGUUCGUGAAACCCUGAAAGAUACCAGCGUCUUCAUCAACAUGGGCCAUGCCUUUGUCGAAGUCAAGCAAUUCGCCCGUGCGAUCGAGAAUUACGAGGCUGCACUUGCCAAGGACCGCACACAUGAUCCCAGUAUCCUCGCUUGUCUGGGUCGUGUUUGGUUAAUGAAGGGCAAGCAGGAGAGGAGUCUGCAGGCUAUCAAGACAGCACUUGAGUUCUCAAACCGUGCACUGGAAUCAUCACCCGAACAACUUCACUUCAAGUUCAAUGUUGCAUUCGUGCAAAUCCAGAUCGCUCAACUCAUUUAUACCCUGCCGGAAGCCACAAGAACACUCGUUGAUCUUGAAGCUGCUGCCAAUGGCCUUGACGAAGCUAUUGAAAGCCUUAUGGCUAUUGCUCGCUCACCUAACCCACCUUUCCCCAAAAACGACAUCGAACAGCGUGCCAGCAUGGGAAGAAAUACAAUGCGCAAGCAGUUGGAUCGUGCCUUACAGAGCCAACGCGACUUCGAACAGAAGAACGCAUCCAGACUGGAACAAGCUCGUCAAACCCGUGAGGCUGAAAUUAAGAAGCGCCAAGACGAGAAACGAGCACUGGAAGAGGCAGAGGAAGAGCGUAGGAGGAAGAUCGUUGAAGAGAGACAACGCAUGCAAGAGCAAGACCGCGAAAUCACUCAACAGAAGAUUGAAGAAGAAGCUGAGCGCAAGGCCCGUGAAGAAGCGGACUACACUACGGAUGAGGAAACUGGUGGUCGCAAGAAGAGAGAAAAGAGGCCCAAGGGCAGCAAAAAGAAGAAGAAGGGCAACGACAGUGAUUCAGACAUCAUCAACGAUGAGGAUGAGGGAUCUGACGCUGAUGGCAAUGCCGAAUUUGGCGGAAAAGAGAAGCGUCAAAAGUCAAAACGCCGCAGUACCUCGGCUGCUUCUGACGACGAAGACGGCGAGAAGCCCAAGAAGAAGAAGCGCAGAAAGCUUGAGAGAAAGGGCAAAGCUGCCGAGCCCAAGGGCAAGUUCAAGAGCUCUGAGAUGGUCGGAGACAGCGACAGCGACGAUGAUGCCGUUGCUACUCAGAACGAAAACUCAGCACUCGCCGAGAAGAUCAACGAUGAGGAUGACGCUCAAAAGGAAGCUCGAGGAGACGGCGGGGAUGAGUCCAUGGCAGAGGGAGGUGACGAAGAGGACACCGUUGUUGAAAGGCGGAGAAAGAAGCCUGCUCGUGUGAUCGACGACGAGGACGAGGACGAGGACGAUACACCGGCUGCCACUGGCGGUGAUGUCUCUAUGGUCGACGAGACAGUCUCCGCAGCUGGCAACGAGAACGCCCCAGACUCAUAGGUAUCUUCUUUUGUACAACACACGUAGCUAUCAUCUCUUUCAGGGAGGACGGGCGUUCACAAUUGGCAUUUCCUUUGAUGACAUAUCCUCACCAGGGCCAUUUUUUUGGGCAAGUCAAAAAGCGUUGCUGGAUUUACGUUUGGGCAUCAGCUCCCCCUUGCCAAAGAUAGAAGGAAGAAAUAAUCAUAACAUUGUUUCAAUGAAUUAAGGUGUGGUGCCUGAGAAACGCUUGAGAUGGUUCGAGCAGCACAAGUCGGGGAAGGUUUCUUGGGAGCUCCACAGGUUGGUAGCUACUUCCCCAUCUGUCACCUUGUGACUUGCUAACAGAUUAUAACUCUGUCACAGCUCGAUCAUCGCAGCAUCUUCCAACGC